AUGCAGACUAUAUUUGAUGACAUGCUUUAUAAAAUGGUAGAAUGCUACGUUGAUGACUUGGUUGUGAAGUCAAAACAUAGCGCUGAUCACUUGGGGCAUCUAAGAAAAGUUUUUGAUCGCCUGCGAAAAUUUCAACUCAAAAUGAACCCCUUGAAAUGUGCCUUUGGGGUUGUUGCUGGAAAGUUCCUUGGGUUCACUGUUCGACACAGGGGCAUUGAGAUUGAGCAACCUAAGAUCGAUGCUAUAAUGAAGAUGCCCGAACCACGAAACCUUCAUGAGCUUAAGAGUUUACAAGGGAAGUUAGCAUACAUUCGAAGGUUCAUAUCAAACCUAGCAGGAAGAUGUCAACCCUUCAAUCGGCUAAUGAAGAAAGGCAUCCCGUUCAUAUUGGAUGAGGCGUGCAGGAAUGCAUUUGAAAGUAUCAAGUCAUACUUGAUGAAGCCGCCCGUGUUGACCGCUCCUAUUCACGGUCGCCCACUAAUCCUUUAUAUCUCUGCCCAAGAAAGCUCUGUGGGUGCCCUGCUUGCUCAAGAAAAUGACAACGGGAAAGAGAAUGCCCUCUACUAUCUCAGUAGGAUGAUGACCCCGAAUGAGUUAAAGUACUCCCCAAUCGAGAAGCUAUGUUUGGCAUUAGUGUUCGCCAUUAAAAAACUCAAGCACUACUUUGAAGCUCAUAUUAUUCAACUUGUGUCGAAGGCGAACCUAGUAAAGUUUGUUAUGGCGAAGGUCGUUCUCUCCGACCACCUUGCAAGGUGGUACUUAUUAUUUCAACAGUUUGAAAUCAUCCUUGCAAGGUGGUACUUAUUAUUUCAACAGUUUGAAAUCAUCUAUGUGCCACGGUACUUAUUAUUUCAACAGUUUGAAAUCAUCUAUGUGCCACAAAAGUCUGUCAAGGGGCAAGCUUUAGCUGAUUUCUUAGCAGAUCACCCAAUACCAGCUGAAUGGGAGUUAUCCGAUGACCUGCCUGAUGAAGAUGUACUUAUUAUGGAGUUAUCCGAUGACCUGCCUGAUGAAGAUGUACUUAUUAUUGAAGUCCUACCCGACCUGCCUGAUGAAGAUGUACUUAUUAUUGAAGUCCUACCCCCAUGGAAGAUGUACGAUGUACUUAUUAUUGAAGUCCUACCCCCAUGGAAGAUGUACUUUGAUGGAGCUGCACACAGAGGAGGGGCAGGAGCUGGGAUCGUCUUCGUCACUCUGGAAGGUGAAGUGUUACCAUAUUCAUUCACCUUGACGGAGCAAUGUUCAAACAAUGUUGCUGAGUAUCAAGCAUUGAUACUAGGACUAGAGAUAGCGGUUGACAUGAAACAACUGAGAAUCAACAUUUAUGGAGAUUCAAAGUUGGUCGUCAACCAAGUGGUGGGGCUAUACGAAGUAAGGAAAGCAGAGUUAGUCCCGUACAACAACUAUGCAAAGGUACUCAUACAAUGGUUGGGUGACGUCACAAUUGAACAUGUACCGAGAAAAGAGAAUAAGCAAGUUGACGCCUUAGCCGCAUUGGCUUCAACUAUUGCUCAUCCUACAGCCCGUAUACAAAGACAAUCAUUGAUUGAUUACUUCACCGAUGGGAGGUUACCAGAAGAUCCUCGUAAGAGGGUGGAUAUAAGGCGCCGAGCUCCUCGCUUCAUCUACUAUAAUGAAACUCUCUAUCGUCGUUCAUUUGAUGGAGUCUGGCUUCGAUGUCUGGGAGAAGAGGAGGCGUUACAAGCUAUGCAGGAGGCUCAUUCUGGGGUCUGUGGUGCGCAUCAGUCUGGCCCUAAGUUGCACUUCCACAUUAAACGAAUGGCUUACUAUUGGCCCACAAUGGUAAAGGAUUGCAUAGACUAUGCUCGAAGAUGCCAAGCUUGUCAAUUUCAUGCAAACUUUAUCCAUCAGCCACCAGAACCUCUACACCCAACAGUUGCAUCUUGGCCUUUUGAUGCUUGGGGACUCGAUGUGGUUGGCCCGAUUACGCCCAAGUCAUCUGUAGGGCACGCAUAUAUAUUAGCCGCCACUGACUACUUUUCAAAGUGGGCAGAAGCCGUAGCGUUAAAGGAGGUGAAAAAGGAAAAUGUUGCAGACUUCCUCCGUGUCUAUAUCAUCUAUCGAUUCGGCAUCCCGCGAUAUAUCUUAACUGAUAACGGGAAACCCUUUGACAAUAAAUUAAUGGAUAAGAUUUGCAAGCUUUUUGACUUUCAGCAGCGAAACUCUUCAGCUUAUUAUGCAGCUGCAAAUGGGCUUGCUGAGGCUUUUAACAAGACCUUAUGCAAUCUGUUAAAGAAAGUGGUCUCAAAGUCAAAACGUGACUGGCAUGACAGAAUGGAAGAAGCUCUGUGGGCGUAUAGAACCACAUACCGCACACCUACUCAAAACACCCCAUAUUCUUUGGUGUAUGGUGUGGAAGCAGUCUUGCCUCUAGAGCGCCAAAUACCUUCUCUAAGGUUGGCCAUACAAGAGGGUCUUACUGACGAAAAAAAUGCUAAGUUUCGCUUGGCUGAAUUAGAAGCCUUGGAUGAAAAGCGACUACAAGCUCAACAGAGCUUAGAAUGUUAUCAAGCUCGCAUGUCAAGAGCUUUUAACAAAAGAGUGAGGACACGUUCCUUUCAAAUUGGUGACAAGGUCCUAGCUGUUCGAAGGCCUAUCAUUGUCACACGAAAAACGGGUCACAAGUUCACUCCAAAGUGGGAUGGUCCCUACGUGGUUCAAGAGGUGUACACUAGUGGAGCUUACAAGUUAAUCAGCGAAGAUGGUCUGAGAGUCGGUCCAAUUAAUGGGAGAUUCCUGAAGCUCUACUACCCUUAG